CAUCAUUCUUCCAUGUACACAACAAUCACACCUGAUUAAUCUGGAAAAAUUGGUUGGUGUAUGUUUUCAGUCAUUGCGACCAUAAACAAACUAAGUUUACUUAUUGAUUCACAAUUUAUCAACUAUUAAGUCUUGAUUCUCUGUCACUGUGAUUUGUCACCUGUAGAUGCCACAACGAGGUCCGGCGUCCUUUACUUCCCACUAACUGAUUGUUGUUAAAUCUUGAAUUGUUCUGUUUUCUGCUACACAAUCCAGGCAUGAUGCAGCAAAGUUUGGACAUUUCAGUACUGCAGUUUGUUUCUUUGUGCAUGUGCUGGAUAGGAAAUCACGCACAAGCAGUGUAUUGGAGUGACCCUGGAGAUUCAACGUUGGUACUAGAAGCAGGCGGAGAGAUACGGCCGUACAGUACUCCCAUUUACAGUCCCUCCGGAAAAUACAAAGUUAUGGUGUCGAGCUAUGCCUUGAUGGUUAUGCGACUGCCUGUUAAUUCGAAAAAGCUGUCCUCCACGGUGGUGUGGAGCACGAUGGCCGAUGGGCAUUCGGUAAGCCGUCUGGAGCUGACGCAACGGGGAAAUCUGUAUUUGUGGGGCACGAUGGACGAACGCAACAACGCCACGCUGUGGCGGUCUAAUUCGCCGCUGACCCGGACCGGUUUGUACCAGCCCGUUCUCUCGCUGACCGAUGACGGAUAUCUGCAGUUGAGUAUCGAUGGCGAAGUCUACUGGGAGUCGACUGGAUUAAGGGAAUAUGCGUGCCUGAAUAAUGCUUCACUUUCCAAUAGGUCUGCAGAGGUACUGCAAAGGGGCCAAGUUCUUACUCCAGGGAAAAAGUAUUACUCUCCAAAUAAGAACUUUUAUCUGAUUCUCCAAGACGACGGGAACAUGGUGGUGUACCGCGACUGCGAUUCCACGCCGACAUUCAGCUCCUACACCCACUCGGCCACGCCCGAUAACGUGACGGUGACGUCGCGCGGGGAAUUCAUCUACUAUGGCGACAUGGGCGGAUGGGGCAGUAUCCAGAUGUGGUUUAAGGAGCCACAGUUCAAGUACGGUGAAACCGGGCGACCCAAUUCGGAGUUGCGGUUAGCGGACAAUGGGCGCUUGUAUCUGUGUCAGAGUGGUGACUGCUACUGGCAAUCUGGAAUACAGUAUGUGGAUGUGGAUGAUCUAACGCAUCUGAUCAAGCUGCAGGAGGCACCGAAGGGGACAGAGGAGAAUAAGGCGCCGGUCGCCGCCCGUGCCAUACAGGGAAAUGCGGCCGCACGCGAUUUUGCUUCGGCGUUGGUCAUUACUGGAUCUGUGCUGGGAUUGUGGCUUCUGUUGAAACACUAAUAAACAACCAGUUUGAACUGUACCUUUAAAAAUUAAAGCUGUGAUGUGCAUAUGUGACUGAAGAUCUUGUAAAUUAAUUACUGACAAUGUGAGACAUUAAUUCUGUUGAAUUAUGUUAGAAUUUUAUUAUCUCCAGUUGCGAUUGCUCAAUAAAAAAUCAAAUCA